GGGUUGUGUCCGUCUGAUAUUUGGGAAUCCCGUUCGCCCUUUUUGGCGAGGAUGGAAGCCUGGAGACCAUCCAGCGAUCCCGACCGACCGAUCGAUCCACGCAGGGAUCGAGUCGGUGCGAGGGUUGGGUUUCUCAUCCUCAGAAUACAUAUAUAUAUAUAUAAUAUUUAUAUAUAGAUAAUCAUCGGGGUUUUGCCUGAAAGAGAGUUCCCGAGAAAGAGAGAUCGAGAAAGAGAUUUGAUCGAGAGAGCAAGAGGGGGGAGAGAGAGAGAGAGAGAGAGGAGGGGAUGGGGGGAUUACCACAGCCAUGGCGGGCGGGGGGCAUGGGUGCUGCCCCCCGAUGGAUCUGAUGCGCUCGGAGCCGAUGCAGCUGGUCCAGAUCAUUGUCCCCAUCGAGUCCGCCCACCUCACCGUCUCCUAUCUCGGCGACCUCGGCCUUCUCCAAUUCAAAGAUCUUAAUGCAGAUAAGAGUCCUUUCCAGCGGACGUAUGCUAACCAGAUAAAAAGAUGUGGAGAGAUGGCUCGUAAGUUAAGGUUUUUUCGGGAGCAAAUGACAAAGGCAGGUAUAUCACCUUCAGCAAUGUCCUUGACACAGACUCAUAUCGAUCUUGAUGACUUGGAGAUAAAACUUGGAGAGCUUGAAGCUGAGCUGAUUGAAGUUAAUACAAAUAGUGAAAAAUUGCAACGCACUUAUAACGAGCUAUUGGAAUAUAAACUUGUCCUUCAGAAGGCUGGUGAAUUUUUCUACGCAGCUCAAAGUAGUGCUACAGCCCAACAGAGAGAGAUUGAAGCACAGCAAGUCUUCGAUGGUUCUCUUGACAGUCCUUUGUUAUUGGAGCAAGAAAGUUUGGCAGAUCCAUCAAAGCAAGUAAAACUUGGGUUCGUUAGUGGCCUUGUACCCAAAGAAAAGUCAAUGGCUUUUGAAAGAAUUCUAUUCCGUGCUACCAGAGGAAACAUGUACCUCAAACAGGUUGCAGUUGAAGAUCCAGUCACCGACCCAGUUUCAGGAGAAAAGGUUGCCAAAAAUGUCUUUGUAGUCUUCUACUCCGGGGAAAGAGCAAAGACGAAGAUUCUAAAGAUAUGUGAAGCUUUUGGUGCCAAUCGUUAUCCAUUUACAGAGGAUGUGGGCAAACAAAUGCAGAUGAUUGAUGAGGUGUCAGGAAAAAUCUCAGAGCUGAAGACCACAAUAGAUGUCGGAUUAAUUCACCGCGAUAAUAUACUUAAAAAUAUAGGCCAUCAGUUUGAGCAGUGGAAUCACUUGGUAAGGAGAGAGAAAUCUAUAUACCACACUCUAAACAUGCUCAGCCUUGAUGUAACAAAGAAAUGUGUAGUUGCUGAGGGCUGGAGCCCUGUUUUUGCAACUAGUCAGGUUCAAGAUGCAUUGAAGCGGGCUACCUAUGAUAGCAACUCCCAAGUUGGCUCUAUUUUCCAGGUUCUCUAUACGAAAGAAUCUCCACCAACAUAUUUCCAGACAAACAAAUUUACUUCAGCUUUCCAGGAAAUUGUUGAUGCUUAUGGGGUUGCCAAAUAUCAGGAAGCAAAUCCUGGUGUUUACACUAUCAUUACAUUUCCUUUCUUAUUUGCUGUCAUGUUUGGUGAUUGGGGCCAUGGUAUUUGCUUGUUACUGGUAACUAUGUAUUUCAUAUUCCGAGAAAAGAAACUAUCUUCCCAGAAGCUCGGAGACAUAACAGAAAUGACGUUUGGUGGCCGCUAUGUUAUUAUGAUGAUGGGAUUAUUUUCAAUUUACGCAGGAUUAAUCUAUAAUGAGUUCUUUUCUGUACCAUUUGAGCUUUUUGGCAAAUCUGCCUAUGCAUGCCGUGAUCCUUCCUGCAGCAAUGCUACUACAGUGGGCUUGAUCAAGGUGAGAUCGACCUAUCCAUUUGGUGUGGAUCCGAAGUGGUAUGGUUCCCGAAGUGAGUUGCCAUUUCUCAACUCAUUGAAGAUGAAGAUGUCUAUCCUUCUUGGGGUAGCACAAAUGAACCUUGGCAUUGUGUUGAGUUACUUCAAUGCGAAGUUCUUUAAGAAUAAUUUGAAUAUCUGGUACCAAUUUGUUCCACAGUUGAUCUUUUUAAACAGUCUGUUUGGUUACUUGUCACUUCUCAUCAUUGUGAAAUGGUGCACUGGAUCAAAAGCAGAUCUGUACCAUGUAAUGAUAUAUAUGUUCCUCAGUCCAACAGAUGAUCUCGGUGAAAACCAGCUAUUUCCUGGCCAGAAAACGCUUCAGCUUGUGUUACUUUUCCUGGCCCUCAUUUCUGUUCCUUGGAUGCUGUUUCCAAAGCCCAUUCUCUUGAAGAAGCAACACCAAGAAAGACACCAAGGUCAGUCAUACACCUUGCUACAGAGCACUGAAGAAUCGCUUGAGCUGGAGCAAGAUCACAGUUCACAUGGCCAUGAGGAGUUUGAAUUUAGUGAAGUUUUUGUUCACCAACUCAUACAUACAAUAGAAUUUGUCCUUGGAGCAGUCUCCAAUACUGCUUCAUAUCUUCGUCUAUGGGCUCUCAGUCUUGCUCAUUCGGAGUUGUCGACUGUGUUUUAUGAGAAGGUCCUUCUUCUUGCUUGGGGGUUCAACAAUAUCAUCAUUCUCAUUGUUGGCUUCAUUGUGUUCGUCUUUGCGACUGUUGGUGUUCUGCUUGUGAUGGAAACACUAAGUGCAUUCUUGCAUGCCUUGAGGCUUCACUGGGUGGAAUUUCAAAACAAGUUCUAUGAGGGAGAUGGAUAUAAGUUCUCGCCAUUUUCAUUUGCAUUGCUGGGCGAGGUUGAAGACUAAGGAUGGUAUUCUUGGUUCUAAUUUACAUGUAGCAGGUGGAUGGGCUCUGGCAGCCUGAAUGAAUUGUUGUAGAUGGGAAAAAAAUACCAUACCAUUCUUGUUCUCCUGCUUUUUUAUUCAGAGGAGGAAGGCCAAGUGACAUAUGGCCAAGCAAAAUGAGUUUAUUGUAUAGACAGGUGGUUGAUUUGGGUUGCCCUCAUAUGAUAUUUAUUCUUCAUUGAAGACUAGAAGGCAAUCCAAAUGGUGAUAAUAAAUGUUGUAGGGCAUCACCUUAUUUUACUAGUGCUUGUCGGUAAUAAAUAAAUUUUUGUCCUUUCAUAAGCUA